AGCAGCAACAGGGUACUUGACUGGACACCAAGACAAAUCGUUUCCUGUGAAGAAGAGGAAGCAGGCCGGCGUGUGGUAGUGACCAGGGCCAGCGGUGUGGUGGGACAGCCAGCAAGAGAAAGGCAGGGCUCAGGAACACGCAGAACAAUGACUCAUUUACAGGCUGGUCUCUCUCCUGAGACCCUGGAGAAAGCCCGCCUGGAGCUCAAUGAGAACCCAGACACACUGCACCAGGACAUCCAGGAGGUGAGGGAUAUGGUCAUCACCAGGCCGGACAUUGGCUUUCUCCGCACAGAUGAUGCCUUCAUCUUGCGCUUCUUGCGGGCCAGGAAGUUUCAUCACUUCGAGGCUUUCCGCCUCCUGGCCCAGUACUUUGAGUACCGACAGCAGAACCUGGACAUGUUCAAAAGCUUCAAGGCCACUGAUCCUGGCAUCAAGCAGGCACUGAAGGAUGGCUUCCCUGGGGGCCUAGCCAAUCUGGACCACUAUGGCAGGAAGAUUCUAGUCCUUUUCGCUGCCAACUGGGAUCAGAGCAGGUACACACUGGUGGAUAUUUUGCGUGCCAUCUUACUUUCUUUAGAAGCCAUGAUUGAAGAUCCUGAGCUUCAAGUGAAUGGAUUUGUUUUGAUCAUAGACUGGAGUAACUUCACCUUCAAGCAAGCCUCUAAACUUACACCAAGCAUGCUGCGCUUGGCUAUCGAAGGCCUUCAGGAUAGUUUCCCAGCACGAUUUGGAGGAAUUCAUUUUGUCAACCAACCAUGGUAUAUCCAUGCCCUGUAUACCGUGAUCCGGCCUUUCCUGAAGGAGAAGACUCGGAAAAGGAUAUUUUUGCAUGGUAACAACCUGAACAGUCUACACCAACUAAUUCAUCCUGAGAUUUUGCCCUCUGAGUUUGGAGGAAUGCUCCCCCCUUAUGAUAUGGGAACCUGGGCAAGAACACUGCUAGACCACGAGUAUGAUGAUGACAGUGAAUACAGCGUGGACUCCUACAGCAUGCCUGUGAAGGAGGUAGAGAAGGAACUCUCCCCCAAGUCCAUGAAGAGAUCCCAAUCAGUUGUGGAUCCUACAGUGCUAAAACGUAUGGAUAAAAACGAGGAAGAAAACAUGCAACCUUUGCUCUCUCUGGACUGAUAACUUCUCUACCCUCCCCAUGGAUUAGAAAUGGAAGGUACUUGUUUUCAGCACCAGGGCCAGCGCUGUCAAGGAAUUACCAGCUGGAAAUUUAUUUAUUCAUGUUAAUGUAGCAUAAUAUAUAAGACAUCAGGCUUUCCCAUUUGCCUGAGCCAUGGGUGCCCUGGUCUGGAUUUUUUUUUAAAAGUCAAUAAUUUAUUCUGUAAGUGCCAAGUUCUUUGUAAAUACAAUGUACUCUUCACGUCAAGUUUGUAAAUUUUGGUAGUAACUUAAAUUGGAAGAUUGGCUUAUGAGUCUAUGCCAGUGAUAUGAACUACAACAAGAACAGAAAAGACACAUAAACAAUCAAAGCUAAUUAAAUGUAGCCCUGUUUCCUAUGAAGCCAUAUUUCAGCUAUCAUAGUGAUUGUUUCGUUGUUUUUCUCUGAAACUCUGUCGUACUCAAAUGUACAUUUAAUGGACACAGGGAACUAGAUGAUUCUAGGAAAUUAUUAUGAUAAAUGUAUUAACUGUCUAGUGAUUUUCAGUUCACAGAAAACGUACCCUGGUGACUAUCACUGGUCUUGCAUUUGGGAGGCAAGAAAUGGCAAAUAAGCUGGUAAACUCAACACUUGAACUCUUCUAUGUUGUUUAAUUCCUGGAGUCUUGUGAAAAAAUACGUUGCCCAAAUUAAGAUGUGGAAUUCUGAAAGAGAGUGGAUUCUUUUUAAACUGCUGUCUUCACAAUGUGUCCUUUAUUCCAGACCCCAUUUUAUCCCUGUCUGAUGUACUUUAAGAACCUUUUUCCCCCAAAACUCUUUGACCAAGAGAAAGAGAACUCAUACAUGAAUAGUGUUUGACAGCUAAUUUUGAACAUAAAAGUUGCCAAGUACCAAUAAGGGGCUAAUUUCUAAUUCUUGUGCACUGGUUGAAAAAAUAUAUAUAUUCGCACACACGUAUAUAUUUUUACCGAGCUCUAAUAAAUCCUUGAUGUGACAGGCUUACAAAAUAAAUCACACAUAUUCAAUGGUCUUA